GAUGUUGUUGCUAUAACCAAGUCUCUCAUCUUUGACAAUUUGAGUAUUAAUUGUAAAUUAUUUUGAAUUUAACUUCAAAGCAUAUUAUUUAUUUAAAUUAUUUAUGACAAAUUACAUAUAAAAUGGGUUCGUAUCUAGAAGUCAGUGGAGGUUUUUUCUGUGUAGUAUUUCUUUUAUUUAUGAUGUCCACGGUUGUGUCUGUCCCAGCUAAAACGAAGCGAGGUGUGAAAAGUGUGCCACAGUUUAUGAGACAAAAUGUCGAUGUCAAGGGAUUCUUGAAACAUUAUGGCUAUAUGGAACAGAAACCAGUUGGAAUACAAGACGACAACAAUAGUUUGGGAGAAAACCGAGCUGUGACACUGAGAAGAGCUGUAAGGAAAUUCCAACAAUUCUAUGGUAUACCUGAUACUGGGGAACUUGACGCAUUGACACUGAAGAAAAUGGCGAUGCCACGAUGUGGAACAAAAGACAUAGAACGAGACCCAAGAGGAAGGGUGAAGAGAUUCAGUCGACUAGCUGCAAAAUGGAAGCAUUCUUACUUGACGUGGAAAGUGACACGCUUUACUGGACAACUGCCCCAGGCUAGCCAAAGGUCAACGUUUUCAAGAGCAUUUCAGAUUUGGCAGGACUCAGCACCUUUGACCUUUACGGAGACAAGGAAAGAAGCAGAUAUCGAAAUAUCAUUUGUACGGGGUAACCAUGGAGACGGUCCUGGGAAUGCCUUUGACGGAAGAGGUAACAUCCUUGCCCAUGCGUACGGCCCCGGCGAAGCACCUAUUUCCGGAGACGCCCACUUUGACGACGACGAAUACUGGACCCUCGAUGACGAACGAGGUACAAAUCUGUUGGUGGUCGCGGCCCACGAAUUUGGCCACUCCCUCGGGUUAGGCCACUCCCGCGACGCGAGAGCUCUCAUGUACCCCGCCUACCAGAGCCAGGACAACCUCAAGCUGGGGUAUGAUGACAUCAGAGGCAUCCAGACUAUAUAUGGAGGGAAGAUCGGACCUAAUCCGAGAACAGUAGCUCCACAAACCCGCCGCCCGAGACCACGGGUCACGCCACGCCCCACCAGUGGUCCAGCUACCACGAGCCAGACACCGGAAUCCUGUCAAAUACAGUUUGAUGAAGUAGUUCGUGUUGAUGGUGACAACUACUACGGACUAAAAGAUUCCGAAGUGUUCAAGUUUAACAAAGAUGGUCUGACUUCCGGUUACCCUAAGCCAAUCACCGAAAUCUUUCCAGAAGCGCCACCUAGUGUCGACGUUGCGUUUGCGGUGCCUGGUACAUCCCGUGUCUACAUUAUCAAAGAUUUGAAAGUAUGGCGAUAUACCAAGUUUGAACUAGAUGCGGGUUACCCUAUUGAAAUUCCUCGUAGACACUUCAGAGAGAAACCGCGGUUUGUGAUGACAUUCCGAGAUGACACCAACUACCAGCGAGUUCUGUUGUUUGGUUCUGAUUACUGGUGGGAGUAUGAUUUCGACAACAGGCAGACGUUUGCGCCCAACUCUUACAGGAUUCGUCGCUUUUGGAUGAAUGUACCACGUGACGUCCGAUAUGCCGUGCAGUAUUCAGACAGCUACUUCUACUUGGUGUCAGAAUCAAGCUAUCUGGUUAUGAAUCAUCACAGACGACAAGCAGUCGGAGAAAAGAAGCGAGCAGGACUUCCGGUUUGGCUAAGCUUGCCAUGCAGUUCCACUGGAACUAUUCGAAGUACCAUUACAGUUCUCUUGGUAUCCUUUGGAGGGUUUCUUCUGAAAGUGCUGCUGAACACACAAUAGGUGUAACGUGGAAUUACCAGCACGACAGAAUACGAGAAGACACAAACUAUUCCAUCCUAAUGCAAUGCUCUUCACACAACUCAGAUUGUACUCUGUCGUAUGAAAAGAAAGGACUGUUUAUUUUAUGAAACUUUAGCUCAGUUUAGUCUACAGAUAUUUAGUGUCAAACAUGGUAAUCAAAAGACUUGAUCAAAGAAACCACCAACUGCCGCCAUUUAAACUACCGUUGCCUUCUGGCAGUAAUGGAUAGUUUAUAGGCAGACUGGAUAACACACAAAAAACAAGCUCUUUGAUAUAGUAGUUGUGGAGCACUAGGUGGUAUGGAAGAUGCCUAUUUAGUUUACUCAAUUUAGAUUGCAGCUAUUUAGUGGCGAACAUGGUAAUCACUAUUCUGGAUCUUGGUGUCAAGGACGACACCAACUACUGCCCCAUAUAUACUACCCUGAUUAACAACAAGGUCUAUUUUAUACAUACCAUGAUCUUUUGAUAUACCGGUUGUGUAGCACUGUGUGGAACAAAAAAUCCUAUGAACACAGUGUAUAUGUGUACACCUAACCCGGUCCUGUUUGGCUUAAGUUCAAAUGUGUCUGUGCAGGACUUCAAUCAUAUAUAUAUAUAUAUAUAUAUAUAUAUAUAUAUAUAUAUAUAUAUAUAUAUAUAUAUAUAUAUAUAUAUAUACAUAAUUAGGUGGAAAUCAGCUGUUUGUAAAUAUAUAUUUUGUUAUAAAUAUCCCAAUCAUUUGUCAUCAAUUUGUAAAUGUUCAUGUUCAUCAGUGAAAAAAGGCUGGUACUUCAUUCGUUUGUAAUAACUGUUAUCAUUAACAAAUUGUAAUAUGUUAUGUAAGUAAAUUAUUUAUUGUUUUGAUAUUACUAUUUUAAAUUUUUGGAAGUGUUUACUACUAUUUUCAAGGCAUUUAUUGAAUUAGCUGUGAUAUUACUUAUACAUUUUUUAAUUGUAUUAUGUGUAUGUUCUGAUUCAGAUUUUGAGAGAGAGAGUGAGAGUGAGAGUGAGAGUGAGAGUGAGAGUGAGAGUGAGAGUGAGAGAGAGAGAGAGAGAGAGAGAGAGAGAGAGAGAGAGAGAGAGAGAUAUAUAUAUAUAUAUAUAUGAACGAUGGAGAACGAUUAAAUGAAUGUUAGACCUAUCAUUACUGGCAAUAUUAUUAACAUCUUGCACAUAAUAGAUUAACUGCCAUUAGGAGAAUUGAGAAUAAAAAAUAUUGUCAUAAACGUUUGGUUUGAAUACUGGAGAAGGAAAAAUUACUGAGUUUGUUUCGAAUAUAUGUACUUGUAAACCAUUAGUUAUUAGAUUCGUGAUACUGUGCUAGCGAUCGUUUCUCAUGAAUAAAAGAUAUUUAACAUACGGUACAUGCAUACAUUUCUGUUGUGGCUAAUCGCCAUAUUAAUAUAAGCAUAUUGGAUCUAUACUGACGUCCAAAAGAAACUAUACCAAUACUUUGAGAGUCUACUGAAGAAAAACUAAAACAUGUUGCAUGUUCAAAAGAUAUGUAUUCAUGAGAGCGGUAUUUUUGUAUAUUGUGAAAAGAAUUGCAUUCCAUAAAAGCAGAAACAUAUUUAACCAUCAUUUGAUUUUCAUUAUCUAACUUAUAAUGGAAUUUAAAUCAAUUGUUUUGGGGUAAAUUUUCGUUUGGACGUCAAUAUAUAAGAGUUUCCAAAUGUAAGUGCUUGUAAGCUAUUAAUUGUUAAAUUUGUCAGAAUGUACUAGCGCUCUGUCUGUAUGGAAUAAACGAUUCGAACAGUA